AUGUCAAUGAACCCAAUCAAAAAAACCGAAGAAACCGUUGCAGCCCCAGCUGUCAACAAAAUCAGUAUCACCUUAACCUCAAGAAACCCAAAAUCUCUUGAAAAAGUUUGCGCUGAUAUCAUCACUCUUGCUAAAAACAAGAAAGUCAAGGCUAAGGGUCCAAUCCGUAUCCCAAACAAAGUCUUAAAAAUCACCACCCGUAAAAGUCCAUGUGGUGAAGGUACAAACACCUGGGAUCGUUUCGAAAUGAGAAUCCACAAACGUGUCAUCCACAUCUUAUCCACCCAAGAUUUCGUCAAGGAAAUGAACACCAUCUCAAUCGAAGCUGGCGUUGAUGUUGAAGUCAUCAUGGAUAAAAAAGAAGCCAAAAACUAA